AUGUACGUAACAAGGCCUCUGUCAAGGUACCUGGCCGACCCCAAGUUCACGGCAGAGCCGCCGCCUGAAGGACCGGGCUCAGGGUUCCUCGUCGUGCUCGACGAGGCUACCGAGCAAGCGAGUACGCUCUGCUGUGGCCUGUGCCUAGAUCCCAGGGUGCGCCGUCUCCCAUUCCCACAGAACCGGCAGCUCUCCGUGAAGCAGGGCAACAGCUCUGAUCCAUUGGAGGGUUUCGGGAAAUGUAUCGAUGUUAUCUCAGAGAUUCUAGGUAUCGCAUUACAAGUUUUACGACCAGAUGACCCCUCCGGCGGCGGCAGGCCUCCGGGCGCCGGCAGGUACAUGGCGCCACCAGACUAUGUCAUGUUCGUGCCCGUCAUCGGCCAGCCGCUGUCGUCCGGCCGCUACUAUGUCGUCAAGGUCGACGGCAAGCACACCGGGAAGGUGUCGGCGUGCUACAAGAUGACGAUGGAGCAGAGCUGGGAGCAGAUAUACAGCAGGGAGAACGCCACACAUCUUCAAGGGACUGGGAGCAGCAGUACCAGGCUGGAGAUCGCAGUGACUGCGACUGUGCGGCGCUUCACGGCGAUGCUGGGCGGCACCAGCCCGGUACAAGCAGGCGCGCCCCAGGCGGAUGAUGGGGCGAUGUGGACGGCGGCGAGAACCACUGUUGGAGGUGUGGGGCUUGACAUGGUGCUGUGGGAGAGAAUGAGGUGGGAGGUGGAGAGGGGAGGCCGGUGGGUUGCGGCCACCGGCAAUGGCGACGAGGAGAGGAUCCAGCGGACAGAGAGGCGCGACGACGGCCUGGGCCACUGGAGCAAGUUUGGGUGCUAUUUGCUGGUUGAGAUCCUGAAAAACUAUAUCCCUGUUAUAGUGGUAGCACAUGCCAUGAUACACAGGGUGGUUAUAAAUGCAAAUGCAAAUUUGGACAUUGAAUGA